AUGCAGGCCAAAAAACGAUAUCUUAUCUCGCUCUUGACCGGCGCCUUUCUAGUUCUGCUCUUUUACUUUGGAGGAGGUGGUGUCCCGGCGGCCACGGGCUCCAGGAGCCGGCAUGAGCGCAGCCGCAAUGGAUACAAUCGUCCCGAUCAACCGUGGCCACACUUCUCGGACCCCUUACAACACUUCAGCCCGGGGGAUCUUUCCGACACGGAGGAAUAUAACGUUCACGUUUCGCCCCGUCAAAAGCGAGACGUCAACUCGAGCGUUUACAAGGGCAAGAGGUGUCGCAUGCAGUCCUGUUUUGAUUUCUCUCUCUGUCAAAGACACGGGUUCAAAGUGUACGUGUACCCACAGCAGAAGGGCGAGAAGAUUUCAGAAAGUUAUCAGAAUAUUUUAUCCACCAUCGAGGGCUCGACGUUUUACACAUCGGACCCUAGUCAAGCGUGUCUGUUUAUCCUAAGUCUGGACACUCUUGACCGAGACCAGUUGUCUCCACAAUAUGUGCACAAUCUCAAAACCAAGGUGCAGAGCUUGCCCCUGUGGAACAAUGGUAGAAAUCACCUCAUAUUUAAUUUGUAUUCAGGCACAUGGCCCGACUACACGGAAGACUUGGGCUUUGACAUCGGUCAAGCCAUGCUGGCCAAAGCGAGCAUCAGCACGGAGAACUUCAGACCCAAUUUUGAUGUCUCCAUCCCGCUGUUCUCCAAGGAUCACCCGAGGACCGGUGGGGAGAGGGGCUUCUUAAAAUACAACACCAUUCCACCUUUUAGAAAAUAUAUGCUGGUUUUUAAAGGGAAACGCUAUCUGACCGGUAUCGGUUCGGACACGAGGAAUGCCUUACAUCAUGUUCAUAACGCGGAGGAUGUAGUUCUUCUCACCACCUGCAAGCAUGGCAAAGACUGGCAGAAACACAAGGACGCCCGAUGUGAUAAGGACAACGCCGAGUAUGACAAGUAUGACUACCGUGAAAUGCUGCACAAUUCCACCUUCUGCCUGGUGCCGCGAGGACGACGACUGGGUUCCUUUCGCUUCCUGGAGGCUCUGCAGGCGGCUUGUGUACCGGUUAUGUUGAGUAAUGGUUGGGAACUCCCGUUCUCUGAGGUCAUCGACUGGAACACAGCCGCUGUGAUCGGGGACGAAAGGCUUCUGCUACAGAUCCCAUCCACGGUGCGCUCCAUUCAUCAGGAUAAGAUUCUGGCUCUACGACAGCAGACGCAGUUCUUGUGGGAGGCUUACUUCUCCUCUGUGGAAAAGAUUGUGUUCACUACUUUAGAAAUCAUUCAGGACCGAGUACUUCAGCAGACUUCCAGGAGCAAUCUGAUGUGGAACAGUCAUCCCGGUGGUCUUUUUACACUGCCCAUGUACUCCUCUUACCUGGGCGACUUCCCUUUCCACUAUGCUGAACUUGGGAUCAAGCCGAAUUCCAAGUUCACGGCUGUAAUCCAUGCUGUCACCCCUCUGGUUUCUCAAUCUCAACCCAUUCUUAAGCUCCUCGUCUCGGUGGCCAAGUCCCAGUAUUGUGCUCAGAUUAUUGUAUUGUGGAACUGUGACAAGCCUUUACCUGCAAAACAUCGAUGGCCAGCCACCUCAAUGCCUAUUAUUGUAAUCGAAGGAGAGAACAAGGUGAUGAGCAGCAGGUUUCAACCUUAUGACAGUAUCAUAACUGAUGCAGUGUUGAGUUUGGACGAGGACACGGUGUUGUCAACCACUGAGGUGGACUUUGCUUUCACCGUGUGGCAGAGUUUUCCAAAUAGGAUUGUGGGAUAUCCCGCCCGCAGUCAUUUUUGGGACAAUAAUAAGGAGCGUUGGGGAUACACCUCCAAAUGGACCAAUGACUACUCCAUGGUUCUCACUGGGGCUGCCAUUUACCACAGAUAUUAUCACUUCCUAUAUACCAAUUUCCUACCAAAUAGCCUGAAGAGCAUGGUGGACCAGCUGGCCAACUGUGAGGACAUCCUCAUGAACUUCCUGGUGUCCGCCGUUACCAAGCUGCCACCCAUUAAGGUCACACAGAAGAAACAGUACAAGGAGACGAUGAUGGGUCAGUCAUCUCGAGCUUCUCGCUGGGCAGACCCGGACCACUUCGCCCAGCGACAGACCUGCAUGAACAAGUUCGCCAGCUGGUUUGGCGGCAUGCCUCUGGUUCACUCACAAAUGAGAUUGGACCCCGUUCUCUUCAAGGACCAAGUCUCCAUCCUCCGCAAAAAAUACAGGGAGAUCGAGCGACUCUGACCAGACUGGCGCCCCUUGUCAGACAUUCAACAGGGGGCCGGGAGAGACUCGCUGGGGGAAAGUAGGACCACAGCGCAAGAGCCCACGGUCAGAGGUCUGGCUCCGUUAUCCCUUCAGCACACAGCAAAGGAUAAAGACACCAGGAUGUGAACGCCUCUGUGGACCUUCAAACAUGUAGUUCACCAUUACACACUUUUAAGACUUCAAUUUUUUGCUUUGGUAUUGGAUCCCAGAGAUAUAUGAUCUUUCCCAGCACCUGAGCAAGCUGUUGGAAGACAGGAGGGACGCUUCAUUGUGUUGCACUUCAUCUUCAUCAUGUCACAUCCGGAUCCACCUUCCACCUUUGAUGUUAGCCUAAAUGCCUGCUCUGUUGUAAAUGUCUUAAGGGUUCAUUUUUAAACUUUUUCUUUCUUUUAAGGUAUUAGGGGGGUCUUUGUCGCAAUUGUGGAUUGGCUUUAUAAUAACAUCAUUUAUUUACAGUGAAACUGCUUUUGUAAGCUCAGACGUGGUUUAAUUUAGCCGUACAAGGAAAAAUAAGGCAUUCGAAAUGAACCCAGUUGUUUGUGGCCUAUUCACCGUUAAAUGAGGGCCGCAUUAAACACCCGGCAGUAUUUUGUUUUCUUACGUUUUUCAAAUGGUGCCAAGAAUUUAUUAAUUGCAUUUUAAGUGGCAUCUCAAGCCCUUUUAAAGAAAUGUAUUAGAAUUCCCUAAAUCCGCACAUUAUUAAACAGCCAAGCUUGGAAAAAAUGUUUGUCACAGUCAAAGGCAGUGCCUGGAGAGCUUACCUUGCAGGAACACCAUCUGUUUAAGUAAAAAAACUUAAGCGUAAGCUCUUUAAAAAAAGUUCAGAUUCAGAUGCUCUUGACAUUACUGCACUACAGGUUGAGUCGCAGGUCCUUAUUUAGUACACUUGUCUCUCGCCUCCUCUAUCUUCCCUGUCCACUUUAAGAAUGAGCUGUCCGUCAAAGUUUAACGGCACUGCCUUAUCGUUGGUCUCCUAUACUUAUAAAUUUGUCCCUCACUUUACCUAGAAAGUGUCUAUUAUAUACUUCCUUACUAUCAACAUAUUGAUUUUAUAUCAAGCCCACCCCUUCAGUGUUCUGUAUGUUUCCAGAGCAGAGACUAAGGGGGAGCAUUUUAUCAAUCUCUGCUCACAGGUACUUGAAUGUCUGAUGACUUGAAGGGUUUCUGUGCUUUAGUGGCCUUUUCGUGAAGGUGACUGGACUUAAAAUGUGCCAGCUGUGAGCCAAAGCCUUUAUUUUUUUUUCCCUUUUUAAUGCAUUGGAUUUGUCAUAGUACACUACAUGUUGUUUCCUGUGGUCGUGGUCAACUCGAGCAAAAAUUAAAACUCAUAUCUGACACCUGAAUGUUUAGGAAACCAGGCUUCAGUCGUAUAUCAUUUUACAAAUGUCUUAAGUAUUUUAAUAAGCUAUUUGAGAUAUUACAUCAUAUUGCUAUACCAUAACACUCAUGUUUCACUUGUGGUUUUAUAGCUGAAUGAUCAAAUAAAUGCCAUCGUGAUGUUAAAUACUAUUUAAUAUCAUGCGUCUAAAAGCAACGGCUUUAGUUGGCCUCUUAACAGUUACUUAAAAUAUGCAUUAGUAAUUAUUUAAAGUUUUUAAAACACGCUAACACAAAUGGCCCACAUCUGGUUAAGUUUUAAGUUCAGCAGACUUUAUAUUAAGCAUUUAUAUCUAUGAUUGUUCUCCUUGUCAUGUCGUAUCACAGAAUAAACUGGCCCUGCACAAUUUCAAUGGCCAAAUCAUAGACUUUUCAAAACUGUACAUAAUGUUUGUUUAUUCAAAAUGAUCUACACAAUUAGCUAUUUAAUGUGUCAGAAACUGGAGAUUAUUUUUAUGGGGUAGUUAAUGGCUGCAUCAGAUGUUUUUUUAUUUUUAGAGCCCUGGCUUAUGUUGUUUUUAGGGCAUGUGAUGUGCUCAACACUACCCAGAUGUGUCCAUGGCCCUUGUUAAUGUGGAUUACGUGUAUAGAUGACACACGAAUGUGUGUUUGAAUCGUAACAUUGUGCCAGUGUUAUUUUAAUUACCCAGCUUGAUAUGACAAAGCCAUUCAUUUUAAAUUGGCCUCUGUUGAAUACUGCUGCUACCAUAGCAUAUUUGCAAAAUCACCAAAGAAUCUUGGUAAAUUUAAACUCAUUGCUGUUUUGUCUGGUUUUAUGCUGGCUUUAUUUUGGGUUGCCUUUUUUUAUAAGAUUAUCUCAUCGCAUUGUGGGUAAAAUGAUACACAGACACGACGCCUGUAUGACUCUAAUGCAUUUGUGUCUGCUUUAUCCGCGUUCACAUUGCUCUCUGUUAUUAGCAAUAAGCAAUCAUUACGUUUGAAACACUCACUGAUUUGUCCCUAAUUGUGCCUUUAAUUGAUUUGUGAGUUCAUUUCCCCCGGCUGUCAAAAAAGGGCGAAAAUGUUGUCGUGUCAGAUGCCACUUUAUCAUACACUAAAGUUUCACAUCAUGCAUUAAACACUCACCUGUAUUCCUCAGAUUAGGCUGUUAACCGACUUGCAUGACCACUUUAGGCUAUUUAUGAGUAAAUGCUGUUGUUUAUUUGGCUCCCUCCUGUUCUGACCCUUCAUCCCUGUAAUUAACAGAUGACUUUUAUAGAGGUAAUAAAGAAAUUGCAAAAUGCCAAUUUUGUAUGAAUGAUUUAUAAAAAAAUAAAGUAAUAUUUGAUGCUAUAAAGA